AUGAUUGCACUCACGAUAACAGAUGUGUUUUCAGGAGUAGUCUGUCAAGCAAGAGAAGAACAUGCAAAAGUAUCCCACUCGUAUACUCUUCUGACGGAUAAAUUUGACUUCCUUGAAGAUAAAAUAAUAUACGAUAGAAUGGUGCUUACCAACAUCGUAAGCUCUUUGGAAUUCGAAAAAAGCCAACGGGAACAGGAAUUAGAGAGAAAACAAGAAAACUUGCAAGCGCUCAAAGAGACAGGGUUGCAAGCUUAUGGAACAGAAAAGAGCGAAGGAAUGUUCGAUACGCAGGAAUCCAGAGAUAAAAUGAGGGAUCAUCUGAAUGCUUCGUUAUUGGCUCUUGAGAAAGUCAACGAUCUCGCAAUAGAAAUCGAAAACGAUAAGAAGAAUAUCGAUGGAAUUUUCAAAAAGUUAUUGGAAUCAAAAAAGCAAUUGGUCUCCAUCACUGACAGCUUGAAGACUUGCAGUGAAACUAUAGAAAGCUGCAGAUAUAUAAAGAAGAUGUUGGCGGAGAAAAGAGAUGAGAUGUAUUCAUUGGAAUUUACGCAAAAAGAGCAGGUGGCAAGAGAGCUCAUUGCUCUAUGCGAAAAAGUUAUGAAUGUCCGGAACAAUUCUGAUGAAUUCAUUGCAUUCGUCAAAGAACAGAAGAAUAUGGCUGCUCCUUUGAAAAAAAGAGGUCGUCCGCCGCUAAGCGAAGGAGGAGCGGCAAAACGAGUCAAAGCUGCGAAGUAA